UAAAAAGAGAAAAAAAACUGUCUCAUUUACCUUGCUAAAUGAACAACAACCCAAUGAAAGCUUCAACAAAGUUUUCUUCCAUCCUUGGGCCAAGGCUUAGGUAAUGUUGGUUUCAUAACAUGUGGUAAUGUUGGUUUCAUAACAUGUGGUUAUACAAAGCCAGUUCACAAUUUAGUUUAAAAAACGUAUUUUGUAUUAACUAAAACUCUUCUCAAACGGUGGAGAUUGCAUAAUAUUGAUUAUUUAUUAAUAAUAAAACAAGACUCACAUGAGGUGGGUAGUAUUCAGGUGUUUACAUUCAUCUGAGCAUUUCACACAAGAUGACCCUGCUUUCUCCUAUAACCUCUCCUAUGAUACAUUUACACUCUUAUUUGUAAAAUAUUUGCAGGUUUGGUUCAGUGUCUCUGGUCGAUAGGGAAAUGUAGUUAUUGGACAUUUAAAUAACGAAGUUAUAUUCCUGACGUUAUAACGAAAUUAAUAAUAUUGGUUUAUCAUAAACGCGAACGUAAGGUCGGUAUCAUGGGAAGUUGUUAACGUAACCUUAAAAUGAGCUAUUCAUUUGACUGAUAACGUUACAUGCGGACGUGACUGCUGAAGAGUACAAACACCCAGGCUGUGAGAAUGGCUCAGAAUUUUUUGAUGGAGGCGUGUGUGGACUCCGUGGAGUCUGCUAUCAAUGCUGAACGAGGAGGUGCAGGUCGACUUGAACUGUGUUCUAGUCUUCUUGAGGGAGGACUCACGCCCAGUCUAGGUCUGCUGCAGGUAGUGAAGCAGUAUGUAAAGAUCCCAGUCUACGUCAUGAUACGGCCUCGUGGGGGGGACUUCCUAUACUCAGACCAGGAAGUGGAGGUGAUAAGGAAGGACAUAGAGCUGAUGAAGAGCCACAGGGCUGACGGACUAGUGCUGGGAUCCCUGACAGAGGAUGGACGGGUGGAUGCAAAGCUCUGUAUGGAGUUUCUGGCUGCUGCCCGACCUUUACCAGUCACCUUCCACCGAGCGUUUGACAUGGUUCACGAUCCAGUGGUUGCUCUGGAGACUCUGAUAUCAUUGGGGUUCGAGCGUCUGUUGACAAGUGGUUGUGAGAACUCUGCUUUGGAGGGACUCCCUCUCAUCAAACGGCUCGUUGAUCAGGCUAAAGGGAGAAUUGCCAUCAUGCCAGGAGGAGGUAUCACUGAAAGGAACCUUCAGAGAAUUUUAGAGGGCUCGGGUGCUCAAGAGUUUCACGGCUCUGCCCGCUCCAGUAAGGAUUCUGCCAUGAAAUUCAGGAACACCUGUGUGACGAUGGGAGCAGCUUUUUCAGCACCUGAGUACGGCCUGAAGGUGACAGAUGCGAACAAGGUCCGCACUCUAAAUGCAAUAGCCAAAAAUACCUUAUGAAUUCAACAAUGACUGAAAACAAAAGGGAUACCUCAAAAGCUAUCGUGAGUAAUUCUGCUGAUAUGUCAGAAAUUAGUUUUACUUAAGUCCUGAACAGGUAGACAUUUUGGAACUUUUUUUUCUUCUCCUUUUUAUAAUCACUGAUGAAACAGUCUUUGUAAAGUUAGAGCUCAGGGAGAACCCUUCAACCUUCUGUGAUAUGUGAUAUCUCACAGUGGGGAAUGAUUAAUAAUUGAUCUUUUAUUAUUAGGAGACAUUAUUUAAUAUUAUACAUGCCAAAUCAAAAAUUAAAACAUUGGUCAGUGCUGUUUUCCCACUGCCAUGUAGUUGUAUGUAUUUACAGCAAACUGUACUUCACAGUGGAAGAUAACGCACAUUUGUGACCACCUGUACAAUAUUUCUUUUGUGACUUGAUUCAGUUUGCUCAAUAUUAAACUAAAGUUUAAACAAUGGAACAAUUCUGUGCA